CCUUCAGUAAACUAGCUCGCGCGGUCUCCUGGGUAACGGUGCGUAUGGCAACCACUGUAAACAACGCGCCCUGUCACACCGAGGUGAAGAGCGAACAAAACAGCUAUGGCUUUCUGCAACACCGAGUAUUUCAACCAUAUUGGGAAUAUUCAAAAGAGCAUGCACGAACGGGAGAGAGGGAGACAUGAGCUGGAGGAAAAACUGUUUGCCUACUUAAGAUCAGAGGAAAGAUUGACUAAGUUGAAGUGUGCCAAGAUGCGCUGCUAUUACAAGGAGCUGCGCGAGAGAGAGCAGCAAGCAAAGACACGCAACCUUGAGCUUCUUGGGAAUGUGGAGAACUUGGCAUCAAAAAUGAAAGAAUUCUCCAUUGAUUGUAGCAGGCUGCUUCAAAAGAGGUUGGAGUACAAUAAUCAUAUUACCAGACUGAAGAAAGACAGGAAGAAAAUGGGGAGCAGGGGGGAAUCAGAAGCGGACGAGCUCCCGAGCAGGUUACAGCUUCCGAGCACACAGGGAUCAUCACAGAGUGCUGUCAUCUUCACGGGUCACCAGACCUCCAAUGGCUCAUCAAGAAAUGAUGGCGUCACAACCACACGUUCACCAUCUCAGACAGAGCUGAUACCUAAUCAUCCUUCACUCUGUCCUCUACAAAGUGGCCUUUGUUUGCACUCCCAUGUUUCAAAAGCCAGUGGCACUGCCAUUUCAUCUGAUGACAUUCUAAACUCAGGUUAUUUCCUUGAGGGCAGACAUUUGAGUGAUGUGCAUGAAAAGCAGAUGGAGUCUGAUUGGGAUGUCUCUCAGAGGACAGGAGAGCAGCAUAGAUGGAAAGAACUUAACUCACCUCACAUGACCCUGAAAGAAGCCGAAGUGUCCUUUCGAUCUAUGACCGCGAAGAAGCCUGCAGACAUUGUGUCAUUAGGGAGGUGCCUGACCCGCAGUCCUUCCUCAGAUACCACUGACUCAAGAGAUUCCUCACAAUACGUGAACUCUGGAGGUGAGGAUGAGGAAGUGUCUGCAGAGGAUGAAGGUGACUCUGCACCAAGACAUCAAGAUCUUUCAGAUUACACUAGCAGCAGACAUCACGCUUUGAGAAGAGAUGCUGUAAUUCAAGAACAGCAUGUAAUAUCCUUUCAAACCAAAGGUGGUGCACACAAGCAGGUCAACACACAGGAAUCUGGAAGGCCUGACUCUCUCGAAUCCCCCAACAGGCUCUCCAUGCAAGGAUUUUGUCAUCUUCUGCACAGCAUUGAGCGACGUCUCAAUGCUAAAGACAUGAACCUCUACAGAAGCACAGUCAAUGAGCAGAAACUCGAUGAUAUCAUCAGUAUAUGUGGUCAGUGUGGGCGUCUGGAUGGUGUGGAACUGCAUGCGUGUGGUGCUGUGGUUCUGCAACAGCUGCCCCUGUUGUCCUGCAGUCUGUCUCAUGGAUGCCUGUUACCCAGUGAUCUGAUCAACACUCACUGGUCAUCAGCUACAAAACCAGAACAGAUCAGGUCGUGUCUGUCAGCUGAAAGUGUUCUGCUGUGGGACUGCUGCUUCAGACACUUCUUACAGCUUCAGCAACAGAAAAUCCUCAGCGUUGAACACAUCAUCCAGCUCUUCACUCCACUCCUAGUGCCAAGCAAUGCCACCUACACUGAGAAGGCAGGGGAGCUGUUGAAGAGGCUUCUGACCUACGAAUCCGAGAACCAUCAGCCGUCAUCUUCUUGCAGCUUGCCCUCUCUUCUGGAUGACAGUGUGGAAAUCAAGCCCGCCAGGCCUUCCACAACAAAUGAGCAAACUGUUGGAACACAAAGGUAGUAGGCUUGUUUGACAUUUCCGCUUAGCUGGCACUUUUAUGCAUUUACAAAUUCUGCUUAUUGCAAAGAUCAGUUUUUCCGGCUUCAGAUGAAUAGCCUGUUUAAAUACGCACAGGUGUUAAGAGCCGUGCUCGGCCAGACAGUUUAGAUCAGAGAGAGUAACUGAGAAGGGACUCCCCAAAAGCAGGCAAAGCGCAUGAACGGCUCAUUUCCAAUGCCAAAGCAGAGAAGCAUCAGCUCGGUGGCUCCAUUCUGAUGAAGGAAGAGGGGACCUCGAGUACUCGCAGGAUGCCAGAGCUCUGACCCUCGUGAGAAUACACUUUUGCCCAAAUCUCAUUUCUGACAAAGCCAGCCAGCCUUCAUUCUCCCUUUAAACCUGUCUUAAUCAGUCCUGCUGUUCAGAUUCAAAAAGCUCCCCACCCCCCUUCCCCAGCUCUUUCUCUUUCUUUUCUUUCUCGUUUC